GACGUCAGAGGGAAAAUUGCAGUAAAAGUCGAAAACGAGCGAAGAGGUAAAGGAGAAUCCCUCGUCUGCACGCCUCCCCCUUUCUUUCUUCUGAUAAGCCAAAGCUAAAGAGAUAGAGAAAGCGAUGACCAUGGCUGGUGGAUAGGUCGACGACCUCCCUUCCUCCCUCGCCUUCCUCUCUCCUUCUUCCUCUCUCCUGAAGCAAUUAGAUCCGGAAGACAGUAAUUUCUCUCUUUAUGAAGCGUGCGAAAUCGUCGGCCUACGAGGAAGACUUGGAGGGCGACGCCGGCGAGAAGCUGAGCUGGGAGGACUUUCCGCGGAGGGGUCGCGACCCGUACCGCUCCUCCUCCUCCCACCGCCGCCCCUCCUACUCGAGGCUGGAUGGCGCCUGGAAGACCGGCCGCCCGUCGCUGUACGACCGGGAACACGAUGCCGAGCGGUCACUCCGGAGGCGGUACGACCACGAAACGGAGCACUUCGACCGGCGGAAAGGCUACAACCGGCACGGCGAUUGGCCGAUGCUGCCGUCGUCACCGCGGGACUCCUACGGGAGCGAGCGGAUACACCGGUCGGAGAGCUUCUCGGGGCUAAGGAGGGAGUUCCCCAAGGGUUUCAGGUCGGAGCGUGACCGUCCUAGGGGAGAGGCCGGCGGGAGCUGGUUGUCUUGGAGAUCGAGAAGUUCCAAGGAUCUCUCUAGCGAGGAGAUGGUGCGGAAAUCUUCGUCGAUCUACUCGGAUUCGGCAGGGCGACGAAGCCACGGGGCGUCUCCAGAUGUUCACAGAAGGAAAAUGAGUUCUAGGGACUCCGCGAGCGGGGAACCGUCGAGGAAACCAGAGACGAGGCCAGCUGAGGCAGUAAAGAGGAGCAGAGAGAUUGGCAGCAGCAGUAGCGAGAUGGAAGAGGGGGAGCUCGAACCAGAUCUCGAACCAGAAGCAAGACAUGUAGAACCACCAUCUGUUGAUACCAAAUCAGGCACUGUGUUGGAUUCAGAUUACUGCGAGAAUAGAGAUCCGGUGAAUGAUUGUGUUCAUGAAGAAGUUUUGGAGAAGAAACUAGUGCUACCUGAUGCAAUGAGGUUGGAUGAUGAUGAUAAUGUUGCUAGCGGUGACGGCGAAGAUGAAAAAUUGGCAAAUUCCUUACUGGAAACGGGCAAUGCAACUGAUGAUAUAAAGUGCGACCAGUCUGUUGUCCUUAAGGAGCUGAAGGAGGACAGAGGGGAUGGAGAAGGAUGUGCCAAAGAUGAUAAUGAGGAUAAAGAAGUAGAGGGUGAAUUGUGCAGCAUAGAUCUGGAGGUUUGUAAAGAAGGAAGCAUCUGCCUACAGUUGGAAGGUAAGGAAUUGGUGCACAAUCACCCGAAGCAGACAAGUGAGGAAGAAGUUCAUAUGAUAACAUCUCCUACUGACCACAUUCAGAAGGAAAAUUUGGAAGACAACAAAGAAGAAAGCAAAUAUGAUGAAGCUAAAGUUGAUGUCAUACAGGAGCAUAAGAUGGCAUGUCCAAUUUCCUCUUUGCAGGUGGAGGAGUUGAUGGAGGAAGCCCAAUGCAAUGCAGAUACGCUUGAAAUCAUUGAAAAUGAAGGUAAAGUUGAAACCAAAAGGGCGCAUGAGACAGAUAAUGAACAAGACAAGGAAGCUGAAGUUGCAAAUGGAAAGAAGCAUGAUACAGACAUACAGCUUGAAGUCAUACAAAAAGAACAGGCCUUUUUUGAUCUUGAGACUGGUGCUAAUAGUUCCAUUACCUUACCUGAUCAUCAUAUGGGAACUGCUGUUGGUACUAAUGACGAAUUAGUGACACUGAUGCUUAUCAGGGACCAGACUCCGGAGAAGCACCUGGACAAAGGUAAAAGCCUUGCAAUUUCUGACUCAACCAAAGCUCACCUUUUGGAAAGCGGUGAUCCCCAGGAAGGAUCUGGAAGAAGAGGUUUUGAGUUGGUCUUCCCAUCCAAGACUAACCAAGAGGAGAAAGCACCCACUAGCAGGAAGGUUGCACGCAAUUUUGCAGUUAAAGAGCCCAAAAGUGAGCCUUUGGACCUUUCUCUUGCUCUUCCUGGUGGAUUGUCAAAUCAUUCCUUGAAACAGGCCAAGCCCAAGCUUGAGAAUUCAAGCUGUGCUGGGAGCAUGGAGUCAUUGCCGUCCACACUGAGAACAAACACAGAUGAAUUUGGAACUUCGAUCUCAUUUACGAGCUAUCAAACCAUUCUUCAUGAUCCCAGUUGUUCUCUUACUCAGAAUUCACCAUACCUUGAAGAUAACAUAGUUGGUAGCCAUACUACUUUUGGAGGGUUAAAUCAGGUUUCAAGUGGUACGACAUGGCAAGCUCACACGUCAAAGAACACUAAGAAGAACAAAUCUGGCCUACCUUUCCAUAGUGUACAGAUGAAUGGAAACUCUUCACAUACAUCACUUCAUUCAGUGAGUGGUCAACAUAAUUUUAAACCCAAUAGCCCAUUCCAACAGUCAACUCUUCCGCGACAAAUCUCCCCAACAAACAGUCAUGUUUCUCAUGAUUCUAGAUGUCAACCUACCAAAGAGAUGAGUAGGGUGGUUGGGAAGAGAAGCAGUGGGGCUGAUCAAUGGAAUGGUGAGCAGCCCAUACUUAAUCAAUUAAGUGUCACGGAGAAGAUUGUCUACAAGAUUGUGUCACAACCUUUGCAACUGAAUGGUAGAAUGCUUCAGGAAAUGUCUGAUCAAUCGGUAGCUUACUUGAAGGAAAGCAUUUGUGAGAUGCUGACCAACAAAGAUAAAAGCAGCCUGCUGCAUUUGUUACAAGAUGUGCUUCGAACGAGGUCUGAUAUGACAAUUGAAACACUGAGCACUUGUCAACGAGACCUGCUAGAGAUCCUGCUGACCAUAAAAACAGGUUAUCUUGAUUUUAUUCAGAAAACAAACAGCUUGUCAUCUUCCAGUUUGGUUGAGAUCUUCCUGAAUUUGAAAUGCCAGAAUCUCUCUUGUGGGAGUUUGUUGCCUAUGGAUAACUGUGACUGCAAGAUGUGUACAAAGAAAGUUGGGUUCUGCAGUGCUUGUAUGUGUCUUGUGUGCUCCAAGUUCGAUGAUGCAUCGAAUACCUGUAGUUGGGUUGGCUGUGACAUGUGUCUCCAUUGGUGCCACACAGAUUGUGGAUUGCGUGAUUUUCAUAUUAGAAAUGUGCAUACAUCUAUAGGAGAAGGAUUUGCUGAAAUGCAAUUUCACUGUAUUGCUUGUGGCCAUACUUCAGAGAUGUUUGGCUUUGUUAGGGAAGUUUUUGCUACAUGCGCCAAGGAGUGGAAAGCAGAAACCCUUGCUAAGGAACUUCAAUAUGUCAGCAGGAUCUUCUCUCCCAGUAAUGAUGUACGGGGUAGAAGAUUACAUGAGUUAGCUGAUCAGAUGCUGCUGAAUCUGGAGAACAAUAUUAAUCAGUCUGAAAUUGUUAGUCAGAUUACGACAUUUCUUUCAGAGAGUGGAUCUAACAUCGGAAACAAUCCUUUACUCUUUACACCUAAGAAGUCAGCCAAACAUGAGGCUAGCCAAAGCAAUGCAAUAUCUUGCUCAAGCCAAGAGCAAACACAGUCGAUCGCAUCGGGAAAGGCAUACGCUUUUGAAAAUACAGUAAUCUCCAUCAAAGAUUUUGACCAGUUUGGUAGGAAAGCUGGUGACAUUGGACCAGCAGUGAGUCUAGAAAAGAAGCCAACAGUUGAUGAACUGGAAAGGAUCAUAAAGUUCAAACAAGCUGAGGCCAAAAUGUACCAACAGCAUGCUGAUGAUGCAAGGAAAGAAGCUAUGAGUCUUGGACAUAUUGUAAUAGCUAGGAGUUCGAAAAUUGAUGAAGACUAUGCAAGACAAAUUGAAAAUUUGCGACUGAGUGAGUUAGAGGAAAGACGUAGAGAAAAGCUUAAAGAACUACAAGCUGCAGAAAAGGCUCAUCAGGAGUAUUGCAAUGUGAAGAUGCAUAUGGAAGCAGAUAUCAAAACUCUAUUGCUUAAAAUAGAAGCCACAAGACAGAACCUAAAUGCAUGACCAGGAUCUAAGGAUCAACAGUUUUAUGGUUGUUGGUUUUCUUUUUGGAUUACUGCAACAACCGUUCAGCCAAAAUUGUAAGAAUGACACGUGAAAAUCGUUGGUUAUGGGAGCCUCUCGCUUUCUAAUGUUUUUAUUAACCAUUUUUCUAUUUUACUUAGUUAUGUAUAUCUCGUAAGACUAUCUACUAAAAAAUUUAUAUGACAUCUAACUAGUUCUGCAA